AUGCAACGUAUCUUCUGUCUGAGCGUCCUUUUUGGGACUCUCCUCUCUGCCUACUCCGCGGUGCAGCAGGAAGACCACGCCCCCUACCUGGCCUACCUCAGGUCUCACUUCAACCCCUGCGUGGGCGUCCUCAUCAGAGAGAACUGGGUGCUGGCCCCGGCUCACUGCUACCUACCAAACCUGAAAGUGAUGCUGGGAAAUUUCAAGAUCAGAGUCAGAGAUGGGACAGAGCAGAUUAUUAGCCCCAUCAACAUUAUCCGCUACUGGAAUUACAGCGACAGCUACCCCCAGGAUGACCUCAUGCUCAUUAAGCUGUCUAAGCCAGCCAACUUCAGCCACAAAGUCCAGCCCCUUGACCUCGCCACCAGCAACGUCCGGCCAGGCACCAUCUGUCUGCUUUCAGGUUUGGACUGGAGCCAAGACAACAAUGGCCGACACCCUGAUUUGAGGCAGAACCUGGAGGCCCCCGUGAUGUCGGACAAAGAGUGCCAGAAAACCGAGCAAGGGAAAAGCCACAGGAACUCCUUAUGUGUUAAAUUUGUCAAAGUAUUCAGCCGAAUUUUUGGGGAAGUGGCCGUCGCUACAGUUGUCUGCAAAAACAAGCUCCAGGGGAUCGAGGUCGGACACUUCAUGGGUGGGGACGUCGGCAUCUACACCAAUGUUUACAAAUACAUAUCCUGGAUUGACAGCGUCACUAAAAAGCAAUGAGACCCCGCCACUCGCCCUGCAGCCCGCCAGCUCUGCCGCUGACUAUGCAA